AUGGAGUGUGACGAGUGUAACAAAUUAGGUCGUGCCUGCCCAGAGCAUUUAAUUCGAAUUCCCAUUCUUGGGUCAUUUGCAUGUGGUAAAACAUCACUUCGAUGGUGUUAUAUGCAGAAUGAUGGAUAUGAGGAUAUGGGUGCCUUUACUAUAGACACUGGUUCUAUAGCCGAGACGAACAGUUUUGAAUACGCCAUGUACUCGCAGACGUAUACCAUUCAAUUGAUUGACACUAUGGGAAAUGAAAAAUACGGAAGAGUCACUGAUCGAGUCCUAACAUGUGACGGCUGUGUUUUUGUCGCUUCAUAUGACAACCCGAAUUCUCUUGAUAAUCUUGCAACAGAAAAGGCUAAAGUCUCAUUCACUGCUCAAGUCAGAGGAAAGACAGUCACAAGAAAACCACCUUAUAUCAUGGUAUGUAUGAAGUCCGAUCUACCAGACCCAGAAGAAGACCAAGAGGAAGACCCAGAUAACCCAACAAAACAAUUCACUCCAACACAAUUUGUGGAGACGUGCUCGGCAUUCCAAGACCCACAAAAGGUCGGAGUCUUCGAUGAAGUUAAUGUCAUGACAGACGAAGGAAAAGAUGUGAUGAACGAUAUGUUCGAAAAAAUCAUUCAAGCUGCUAUUAGUACACACAGAGAGUGGUACUUGGAAGAACACCCAGCUCCAAAGUAA